AUGGGUGUUGUCGCUCUCUGUUCUUUUGUUGCAUCCUUAGGUCUGCUGUCAUUCCUUACCUAUCGUUUCAUCUUCUGGCGUCAAUACUACAAGCGUCCACUGGCACAGAACCAGUACGUUGUCUUAAUUUAUAAUCUCCUCCUGGUCGAUCUCCAACAAGCAACGGCAUUUUUGUUAUGUCUUCACUGGGUUUCCAAAGGCUAUGUCUACUAUCCAAGUGCACCCUGUGUUCUUCAGGGAUGGUGGAUUCAGAUUGGUGAUCCUGGAAGUGGUCUGUUUGUCUUGGCGAUCGCCAUGCACACGGGUGCCGUGGUUCUGCGAGGUCGACAGUUGCCAUUCCCGAUCUUUGUCGCCAGUGUCGUGGGCCUUUGGAUAUUCAUCAUCAUCCUUGGUCUCAUUCCCGUUGGCUUGUUUGGCUCCGAGACCUUUGUUAUAUCCGAAGCAGGCUGGUGCUGGUUGAGUCCACAACACGAGACGGAGCGACUAUGGCUACAUUAUCUAUGGAUUUUCCUCGCCGAAUUCGGUACAGUCAUUCUUUACGGAAUCAUGUUUUUCUACCUCCGACGCCGUAUGCAGGAGGCGGCGUCUCUGCGUCAGAAUCACCAAGAAAACUUGAAGCGAUUGAACCGGGUGGUCGUUUACAUGGUCAUUUAUCCUUUGGUUUAUCUGGUGCUGUCGCUUCCGUUGGCGGCUGGCCGCAUGUCAACCGCCCGGCAUAUUAUUCCUAGCCGUGCUUACUUUGCGGUGGCCGGAACCCUGAUGGCUCUGUCGGGCUUGGUGGAUGUGGCGGUGUAUACCUUGACUCGCCGCCACUUGUUGCUGGAAACCGAGCUCAGCGCCUCGGACAGGAUGUAUGCUUACACGGAGUCGGCGGCAUACCAAACACACAUCACGACGGGUCACGGCCACAGCGAGACGAAAAAGCCGCGCAUGAAGACUCGAUUUCGGCGGGGAGGCCUACAGAGCAUCAACGACACGGUGGACGACAACCGCGACUCGUCUACCGAAGACAUUGUGCGCAAGACGGACAUGGAACUGGCUGAUCUGGGGCAUGGCGUGUACCAGGAGACGACCAUCGAAAUUUCGCACGAGCCAGCCGAGCCCGAAGAUUUUCAGAAGAUGAAUCGCCACAGCGGGUGA